AUGAUAAAGAGAAGAUUCUUUAAGGUUGAUCAUGGCGAUAGGGAUGGUUCGGAUCAUUCUUCUUCAUCCUCAGAUGAAGAUUAUGAUAAUCAAAUUCCAGAAGUAAGCCAGGACAAUGAUGAUGAAGAUAGCUCAGCAUCUUCUGGAUAUAAAAGUGAGGAUAGCUCUGCCAAUGACAUUGAUGCAAACUCCGCAGGUCCACUGUUUAGUGAAGAUGAUGCUGGAACUAUAAAAGAAAGGGAAGUGUUUAUUAACAAGAAGUUUGCUACUGAGAAAUCUAAUGUUAUUUCUGAAAAGAAACCCCUACCAGCAGAUAUACAGUCCGCUUUUGUCGUACAAAUAAAAUCAGUAUUUAAGUGCAGGCUAUGUCCUCGGAUUAUUUGUUUGACUGAGGACACUUUGCGGAAUCAUCUUCAAUCAAAGAGACAUGCUCGAUCUGAAAAGCUACACAGGGAAGGCAGACUGAAGGUCAUGCUCAACAGCGAUGGUGAAAUAGAGAACCAAGAGGAUUCAGACAAAGAAACCGAAGAUACUGAGGAUUAUACAAAGAAGAAUGACAAAGGACUGAAGCCACAUAAGGAGAGAUCGAAAAAGAAGAAACGUGACAAACCGAACUCAAGGAAAAUGCGGUCAUCAAAAGGGUCAUCUAAAAGAAGCCGUAAAAAGUAA